GGUAAAGACGCCAUUGCUUAGAGGACGUUAACCGCUGCUCUCUGAGACGUUACCGCUGUUUGGCCGUGAAACCCUCAUAAACCCCGUGUGUUGCAGCAGUGUAGGAUGAAGGGCUCUGGCAAGGGUUCAGGGGAGGGGCGGGCACGAGGGAGGUCUCGUGGCCAGGAUAAGCCUACAUCAAGUGAGGUGCCGGGGGUAGACAAGCCCACACCUCACUCCAGGCCCAUUGCUUCCUCCAGCAAGUUGACGAAGCCUGGCCCGAUCACUGCCGCCGAGGAGGAGAGGGAGGGGAAGGGCCGGGCCAGGGGACGCAGCACCCACCUGGAGCAGGAGAAGGGCAAGGCUCCCCCCCGUGGUGCUCAGGAGGGAAGGGCGACAUCCAGGGGAGGAGCGGAAGGGUUCUCUGGCAAGCAGCGGCAUGUGACUGAGGCAAUGGGUGCUAUGAAGAUCCAGGAGGGAGGUUCAGAUACUAGCGAUGACACCAGCAAUGGCAACGUGCAGUCUGUGGGGCGUGGCAUGGUGCGCGGGAAGAGGGACAUCAGCCAGAUUGUGUGGACCAAGCCAACCAACAUGGUCAUGAAGAAAGGGACGUGUGGCCGUAAUCUAUCCCUCUUGUGCAACUACUUCCCCAUCGCUAAAAUGCAGGGUGGGAACUACAGUGUGUACCAUGUGGACUUCAGUCCUGAGGAAGACCACACUCCACUGAGGAAGAAGCUCAUGGCCCAGCAUCGCACCACUCUGGGAACCUACCUCUUUGACGGCAUGAAGCUUUGCCUCUCAAAAAAGCUGGGAUCAGAGAUAACAGAGCUGGUGUCAAAACGAGAGGAUGAAUCUGUGGUGCUGCUCAAGGUGAAGUUUAUAAAGGAGAUCAGCUUCAUGGACACAGAGUAUAUACACCUGAUGAACAUUCUUCUGAAGCGUUGCAUGGAGUAUCUCAACAUGCAGCUCGUGGGCAGGAGUUACUACAAUGUCAAUGCUGCUAUUAAGAACGAAAGACAUGGGCUCAUCGUGUGGCCAGGUUUCUGCAGCUCCAUCCGCCAGCAUGAGGAAUCCCUUCUGCUCAACGCUGAUGUCUCACACAAGUUUCUGCGGCAGGAGACAGCUUACCAGGUGAUGCUGCGCCGUACCCCAAAUCCAAAAGAAGCAGCAAUGGCCAACCUUCUGGGGGCCGUGGUGGUGACGUACUACAACAACAAGUCCUACAGGAUUGAUGAUAUUGCCUGGGACCUCAAUCCUCGAUGCAAGUUUCCAUAUAAGGGGAAGGAAAUCACCUACAUGGAUUUCUACCAGACUCGUUACCAAGUGAAGAUCCGCGACGUGAACCAGCCCCUGUUGGUGUCAAAACCCAAGAAGAAGGACCUGCGGCGAGGCUGUGAGAACAUCAUCCUUGUGCCUGAGCUGUGUCUAAUGACGGGCUUCACUGACGAGAUGCGCGACUUUAACAUGAUGAAGGACCUUGCCGAGUACCUUCGCAGCCCCCCGGACCAAAGGGUUAACUCUCUCAUGGCCUUCAACAGCCAUCUUGUCAGGCAUGAAAGGGUGAAGGAGGAGAUGGCCAGCUGGGGUCUUGAGAUCUCCAACAGGCUACUGGAGGUUAAUGGCCGCAUGCUCCCUGAUGAGGUCAUUCUACAGGGCGGGGAGACUGUCCAGUAUAACAGGAACUUUGCAAGCUGGUCUAAAGAAACGCAGAAAUUGAAGCUAAACCAACCGGUCCAGUGGAAAAACAUCACAAGAAAUGAACUCCUGACGUUCAUAGCCGUCACGCUUCUUAUGAGUCAUUCGAGAAAAGCUUUGAGGGGUGAAUUCUUUGUCACCUUCCAGAACACAAUGGUGAUAGGAUAUGAUGCCUACCAUGAGAAGGGGUCGAGAAAUGUGUCGUGUGGUGCGGUGGUGUCCUCACUCAACCAAGGCCUGUCUCGCUACCUCUCCCAGGCCGCCACACAUAAGAACAACGAGGAAUUGGCCAAUAACUUUACCCUCGGAGUGAAGAGUGAGCAUUUCUGUCCCCCUCAGCUCAGUUCAUUAGUUUUGCCUCCUCGUUCCUCCUCUGUGCCACCACAGAAAUGCUUCCAGGAGAUGUUUGCCAAGGCUCCAGAGUUUGCCUUCACCAUUGUGUCCAAGAGGAUUAACACUAAGUUUUUCAGCAAGCAAGGUAGUGGAGUAGUUAAUCCGCCGCCUGGCACUGUGGUGGAUGAUGUUGUUACCCUGCCAGAGAGAUACGACUUCUUCCUGGUGCCUCAGAGUACUCACAUAGGCACCGUCUCACCAACCUCCUUCAACGUCAUUGCCGACACCACAGGGCUUAAGCCAGACCACAUGCAGAGGCUGGCUUUCAAACUGACCCAUCAAUAUUACAACUGGCAGGGUACGGUUCGUGUCCCAGCACCCUGUAUGUAUGCCCACAAGCUUGCCUUUAUGAUGGGACAGGUGGUGAACAAGCAGCCUCACCAGAACCUCGUCACCUCACUCUGGUACUUGUAAGAUGGGUGGCCGCUAGCUAGGAAUAGAGAGGAAAAGAUGCUAACCCACAGAGGAAGAUAAGAAUGAUUAAUUAACAGAGUGUCACCAUUUAGGGCAUUAUGACACUGUUACACCGAUUAUUAGGAUGUGAAUCACCAGAGUGGCAUUUUUGGUACAUAUUUCAAGUAUUUUUUCUAUGUAUAUUGUUAUUAAUUUGUAUUUAUUUUUGUGUGUAAACUAUAAUCUUAAGGGAGUGUAUUAAUUAUAUCUUUUUUCAUUAUUAUUUUGUAUUUUUUUGUAAAUGUUGAUAUCAAUUUGUAUUUAUUUUUGUGUGUAAAACUUUAAUCUUAAGGGAGUAAAUUAUCUCUUGAAUCACCAAAACCAUUAUUAUUUUUUGUGUAUUUUUGUAAAUGUUUAUCAAUUUAUAUUUAUUUUGUACGUAAACUGUGCUCUAAUCUUAAGGGAGUGGAUUAUCUCUUUUCAGUUACCAGAGCCAUUAUUAUUUCUAGUGUAUUUAGCAUAUUGUGAGUAUUUUCUGUCAACUAACUCAUAUAUUGAAUACUCGAAAAUUAAUGUGUUAUAUUCUGAUGCGUGUGGCUUUGUUAUAGUCACCCUGUGGACUCGUUAGAAUGAGGAAGUACUGCAGGUGUAAAGAGUAGACGAGCUCUAUUGCUGUCAUUCAGAACUCUCAAGUGUGUGUUGUGAAGUACAGUGUGGCUACCUUCAUUGGACACCUGUAGUCAGAAGAAUGGUAAAAAGGAGUCUUGUAUAUAUUUCUCUUAGUGUGUCUUAUAGUGUUAGCCUGAGUGGAUGCCCUUCCUAACCUCGGACCGUGCGUGGCCAGGAUUUGAACCCGU